AAAAAAGACAACAUGACUGUGGACAAGGUUAAGCUGGUCAUUGACUCUGACGGUGUAAGCGACGACGUGCGAGCCAUCUCCCUAGCCUUGCAGCACCCAAAAGCCGAAAUUCUCGCAUUCACCGCAGUCCACGGCUGUGUGACAGUAGAUCAAGCCUGUGCGAACAUCAAAAGAACCAUCCGAGCCAACGAUCGGAGCAAUAUCCCAGUGUACAAGGGUGCGGCUAAAUCGAUUUUGUCGCUGCCGAAGGAUGAUACCGUAUCCGAUUUUUUCGGGAUCGAUGGGAUCGGUGAUAAGCCGGAGGAGUUCCCGAAAGUCGAAAGAUCCGAUUUUGAGGGGGAGGGGAAGCAUGCGUCACUUGCUUUAAUCGAUAUUUUGAGAGAGAAUCGGGAUGCCACUUUGGUAACCAUCGGUCCCCUCACAAACGUGGCGAUUGCUCUCCAACUCUGCGAGGAGUUUUCGACGUACCCAUCCCGGCUGGUAAUCAUGGGAGGAAAUUAUUACGCGGUCGGAAAUGUUGAUGGAGGUUCCUCAGCCGAGUACAACUUCCACGGAGACCCGGAAGCCGCGAGCAUUGUGCUCCGACGUAUGAAGUGUCCCAUCACCAUUGUUCCAUGGGAGGCAUUCUAUUUUGAAUCAAAGACCCAUGAUGCUUCAGUUGAUUUUUCGGCUCAUUUGAAGUAUGGAACCCCAUUGGCUAAUUACUUAUCGCUGGCCACCAGCAUUGGCCGCGUAAAAUGCGAGGCCAACGGCCGCCAAUACUCCUACUGCGACGAGAUCGCUGUGGCUACUGCAAUCGAUGAGGAUAAAAUUGCAAAAAAGUCUCAGUACCUGUAUGUCGAUGUAGAGCUGAAUGGAACAAAGACACGUGGGCAGGUUGUGGUUGAUUGGACCGAGCAACUGUGGUCGAAUGAGGAAGCUCCGAAUCAGCACACCCAUCGCCGUGUCAAAUUCGUCACCUCUUACGACGUUCAUACUGUGGACAAGUGGCUUCAUGCAGCCACUUCUGGAAGUGGAAAAUUCGAUUAACUCUUUAAAACUGUAAAAUGUCACAUUUAUUGCUCUUAUUUAUGGUGUGUGUGUGUGUGUGUUGAAAUUUGCAAUAAAAAGUUAUUUU